AUGCCUUUGCAUAAGUACGAUUACAUCUUCGGCAUCGGCACGGUGUUUGCCAUGCUUGAUGCCUACAACAACGGCGCGAACGAUGUUGCCAACUCAUGGGCAACCAGUGUUUCAUCUCGAUCCGUGAGCUAUCGUCAGGCUAUGGUUCUCGGAACCGUCUUCGAAUUCCUCGGAGCUGUCUGCGUCGGAUCCCGUACUGCGGAGACCAUCAAGAACGGUAUCAUCCCCGCUUCAGCGUUCAAGGACAACGCCGGUGUUCAGAUGUUGGCCUUUGCUUGUGCCCUAGCUGCCGCCUCGUCUUGGGUGAUGUGGUGCACCCGUCACUCUGCCCACGUCUCGUCGACUUACUCUCUUAUUUCCGCUGUCGCUGGUGUCGGUGUUGCAACUGUCGGCGCCUCUCAGGUUCAGUGGGGCUGGAACAAUGGCAAGGGUCUUGGUGCUAUCUUUGCUGGACUGGGAAUGGCUCCUAUCAUCUCGGGUAUCCUUGGUUCGAUCAUCUUUUCUCUGAUCAAAUACACCGUGCAUAAGCGCCGCAACCCUGUUCCUUGGGCUGUCUACAGCUCACCCUUCUGGUUCCUCGUUGCUGCAACCAUCUGCACCCUGUCGAUCGUCUACAAGGGUUCGCCCAGUCUUGGUCUUAGCAAGAAGCCUGGUUGGUACAUCGCCGCUGUGACCCUGGGUACCGGAUUCGGUGUCUGUCUCCUCGCAGCCGUCUUCUUCGUUCCUUUCGUCCACGCCCGUGUCAUCAAGAAGGAUCACAGUGUCAAGUGGUGGAUGUUCAUCCUAGGCCCUCUUCUGUUCAAGCGGAUUCCCCCCACCGAAAAUGAGACUGCGUUUGUUCCCAACUACGCCGUCGUCCAGGAAGAAGAAGAAGAGUCUCCAUCUUCCGUGCACAAGCAUGAUUCCAUCGAGAAGGACCCUCAUGAUUCCAUCUACCCUUCCGACAGCCACGAGCACGAAGCAGUUGUUGCCGAGUCUGCUCAGCUUACCUACAAGCAGCUUAUGGCCCAAUCGGACGCCAAGCACCGCGAGAAGCUUCUCAGCAGCCGUGGUCCCCUCGGCUGGGCCAUGCGUUUCCUGCGUGAUAACCCCAUGGGCGCUGGUGAGAUAUACGAGCGCCGCAACAUGUGGCUCCUUCUGAAGCGUAUUCCUGCCAUUAUUUUGUGCGGAUUGCUGUAUGGUUUCCACUAUGAUAUCCACUCUGCCCAGAGUGGUAUUCACGGCACCCCCGAAGGCCUCCGCAUGAAGCGAGUCUACGACGCCGCUGAAAAGUACCCUAACGAGGUUGAGCACACAUAUUCCUUCGUCCAGGUUCUUACUGCUUGCACCGCUUCCUUUGCCCACGGCGCCAACGAUAUCGGUAACUCCGUCGGUCCCUGGGCCGCCAUCUACGCUGCCUGGUCGACUGGAAGCCCCGCUGCCGCCAAGUCCCCUGUUCCCGUCUGGCAACUCGCCGUCAUGGCCCUUUGCAUUUCGAUUGGUCUUGCUACAUACGGUUACAACAUCAUGAAGGUCAUGGGUAACAAAAUCACCUACCACUCUCCUAGUCGUGGUUCCAGCAUGGAAUUGGGUGCCGCCCUCACUGUCCUCAUUUUCUCGCAGUACUCGUUGCCCGUCUCGACCUCCAUGUGCAUCACUGGUGCCACUGUCGGUGUCGGUCUCUGCAACGGAACCCUGAAGGCUGUUAACUUCCAGCGUGUGGGACUUUUGUUGCUUGCUUGGAUUAUGACCAUCCCCAUUGCCGGUACCAUUGGUGGAUGCUUGAUGGGCCUUUUCAUUAAUGCUCCUCACUUUUAG